ACCAUCACUCAACCUGAGGGAGGCUGUGCUGAAAUUAUUCAUUUAUGCCUUGGGACUGUGUACAGCUUAGGCAAGGAAGAGUUUUCCUCUUGAUAGGAACACCGCUUUGGCCAUAGUGAUAAAGUGCACAAUGAGAGAUUAAUCAGCUGAUCUCUAGUGUUCUUUGAUAAGAUUGAUUUUAGGAUACUGAAAACUUCCAGUAUUUCUAGUCUGAAGGUACAGUACAUAUCUGCUUCAUCAGCAUCGCCAUGAAUUGUGCUUGGGAAGAGAAGCAUAUCUCUGGAGGCACCACAGGUUAUACUUAUGAACCCUGGCAGAAAGUAAUGAAUAACAUAAUGUACUUUCUGUACAUAGUGUUGCCUGGAGCAUCAAGCAGUGCCAAGUGGAGCAGAGAGGCAGUGGAUCGUGCUGUGGGUUGGGGGCUGCACUGUGAAAAGGCUGUUGCUCGCUUCAAACAAGGGGGUACUUUGCAAACAGCCAUCAACAAACUGGCCAGAAGCAACCAGCAGAUAGGGAGUGUCCGGGACCUGGCAAAGGCUCGCCACCUGUUGCUGCAACGUUUGCUACAGAACCAGCUGCUGGAAGAAGGUGUGAGAGAGUAUGUGAAACAGCUAUGUCAGGAUAUCCUUGGUGCAGAAGAUGUCUCCCGUGUAGAAUCAACAGUUCAGCAGCAGCAGGAGCAUGCCUCAAUCCUCUUUAAGAUACUGGCAGGAACACAGUACAAAGAUAUCACUGAAAGACUGAAUGCAAGACUCAUGCUAGAGGUAGCAAGCAAUAGUGAGUCAGGGCAGGUGGGGGACUGCCUGUCUGAGGUUGUAUAUUCCCCUGCCUCACUGCAAACCUACCUGGAGGUAGCCUUACUGGAGGAAGAGGAAGCUAUUGUGGAGGUGGGGUCGGCAGUGGCCAGAUGGAUAGAGGAGGUGGUGGCCUCUCCACAACAUAGCCUACACAGGCAUGUCUUGAAGUUUCUCUGUUCCCUCUCUACUCAGUUGCUGUCCAAGGCCUUGGCAAGACACCCACAGCUGAUCAUGGCACUCCUAGAAUCCCUCCACAGAGAGACUCUUAAACUGCAGCCAAAUUAUGAUGAUAAAGGAUGUCACUGGCAGUCCUGCAGCUCCUCAGUGCUCAGCUGGGAUGACUUGGUCAAGAUGUACAGUGUUGUUGCCAGCCACCAGAGCAUGGCUGGCCAGGUUCAAGAGGCUGUGGAAGGCUGGAGUAUGGAGAAAGGUGGAGCAGUGUGGGGAGAGGUGGUGAGGCAAGCCAGGGCCACCUGCAUGUCGGCCUCAUCAGGCACUAGUGACUCAGACACAGAGCAAAGGCAUUAACGCAGUAAGCCCUGGACUUUGUGCUGGUGGUGUCACAUGUGUUAGUGAACAUUGUGUGCCAAUGCAUCAGCAUUGAUCUCAACUGAAAGCUAUCCCAAGAUUCCUGUUUAAACAAAGGCCCAUUCUCCAUGAGGAAGCUAGCAUGAUGAACAACAUUCAGUGAAGGUGUGUGUUGUGUUAAGGUGAACCCUCGGAACCCAUGCCGUCAGGUGCCCACACAGAAAGUGUGUGUUGCAUAAGGCAACUUAGGAUGAAGACAGUUUCCCCCAUCUCUCUCUCUCUCUCUCUCUCUCUCUCUCUCUCUCUCUCUCUCUCUCUCUCUCUCUCUCUCUCUCUCUCUCUCUCUCUCUCUCUCUCUCUCUCUCUGCUGAAGAAUGUCAUGACUUCUUGUCUCUGCCAUUGCCAUUUGUAAGCGAUAACAAUCUGUUGGAUAGAUAGAUACAUAGUAAUUGUGGGUAAAUCAGAGGAACUUUUAUGAAAUUACUUUGUUUAGUCUGUAAUUUUAGGUGAUGGAAAAAUAUUCAGGUAAAACUUUUCUGUAAAGAAUUAUUCAGUUUACAUUGGAUUGGAAAUGUUUUCAUGUUUGUGUGGUGUUGGGUUUAUAAGCGAAGGAAAUUAUUUAUUAUGUGACUUCCCUUAUUUAUUUUUCUUUAUAUAUUUUUUUUUAUAAUUAUUUUUAUCACUAUUUUCACUUGGUAGUGUUUACUUUGGUCUAAGUAUUAAACAGUACUAUUUACUAUAACUGGUAA